AUGAAAAGAUCUCGUAAAGCAGCUCAUCCAUCAAAAACUAUUAAACCAUCAAUACAAACAUCUUAUAUGAAUCAAAUAACAACAAGUACAUCACAUAUACAAGUCGAAGAACCAUCUACUUCUAUAAUGACUUCUACCGAUGACGAAUUAUCUAACUUACCACUAUUUGAUCAAAUGGAUGAACAAGAAAAUAAUAAUGAUGAAAGUUGUAUCGAUAUGAAUGAAGAAUCUUCUACUCCACAUCAUCAUAUAUCAUCAAAACGACCACGUUUGAGUCAUAAUAAACGUUUAGAAGCCAAUGCACGUGAACGUGAACGUGUACAUAAUUUAACAGCAGCAUUUGAAGCAUUAAGACAAGUUAUACCUAUGUAUGGUGAUCAACCAAAAUUAAGUCGUUUAUCAAUAUUACGUAUUGCUUGUUCAUAUGUACAUGUUCUUGGUGCAUUAAAUCAAAUGGAUUUUAGUCAAGGACAAAACGGCUAUACACUAAAUGAAUCUUUUCAUAUGCUUUCAUGCACAAUUCUAAAUGAACUUAAACGAAAAAAGAAUAACUAA